UCAUCGUGGGAAGUGGGGAGAGAGUUGACGUCCAGAGGAUCCUGCCUAUAGGAUCAGAGUCAUCAAAAGAGCUGUUCCUUUCCCUCACUUUAAACCCAGCCUUCAGAAGCAGGUGCUGAGAACUGAAAGAGAAUGUGAAAUGCGGCAUGACAGCAACAAUCAAAACUUCUUGCUUUGUUCUUCACUUAAUUCUGACUGAACUCUGAUCCAGGAGCAGAAAGCUGAGGAUGAAAAUUUGACAAGCCUGGAUUCAGAAAAUGCUUUGUAUCUGUUUGCCUCUUGAUUUGGUAAACAGCCUUUUAGUACUGAGGAAAACUUACUUGCAAGACAAAUGAAUGAAACAAAAAAAAGUUCUAGGAUAAAAAACCAUGCUCAAAGACUUUCUGGCUCCAGUGUAUGGAAAUAGUUUUGCUCAGUGACAGUGGUUUUCUUUUCUUUCUUUCGCUUUUCUUAAAGUAUCAUGCAGUGAUAUGACUUUCAGUCUUUUCUGCCUGUUUAAAACAAGCAAACAGCAACAAAAGACAACUCCAUAAAUUUUAUACGAGGAUUUUUGAACAACAGAAUUAUCAUCCAGUAGAAACAAAAUCUGACCAUGGCAUCUGAAGAGUGCUUUCUGCUAGACUUGGAAGUGGAUAACUUUAUUCUUUGCAACGUCUCUGUGAAUCAAAGUGCAAAUCUCUCCAUCCUUAGUGAUGAUCGGUUCUACCCGGGUUUUCUAUACGCCAUUCCAACCAUUUAUGGGAUCAUCAUUUUGAUAGGACUUAUUGGCAAUAUCACUUUGAUAAAGAUCUUCUGUACUGUGAAGUCCAUGAGAAAUGUUCCUAACUUGUUCAUCUCCAGUCUGGCUUUAGGUGAUCUGCUUCUCCUAGUUACCUGUGUCCCUGUGGAUGCCAGCAGAUACCUCGCUGACAAAUGGUUGUUUGGCCGGGUUGGAUGUAAACUUAUCCCCUUUAUACAGCUCACUUCAGUGGGGGUGUCAGUCUUUACACUCACAGCUCUCUCAGCAGACAGGUAUAAAGCAAUAGUGAGACCAAUGGAUAUCCAGGCCUCCCAUGCGUUCAUGAAGAUUUGUGUGAAAGCUGCUAUGAUUUGGAUUUUAUCCAUGCUGCUCGCCAUUCCUGAAGCUGUAUUUUCUGACAUGCACCCUUUCCAUGAUAAAGGCACUAACAAAACAUUCAUCAGUUGUGCCCCCUACCCACAUUCUGAUGGCCUGCAUCCAAAAAUUCAUUCAAUGGCUUCAUUUCUGAUCUUUUACAUCAUCCCCUUGUCAGUCAUUUCAGUUUAUUAUUAUUUCAUUGCUAAAAAUUUGAUCCAGAGUGCUUACAACAUGCCCGUGGAAGGAAAUGUCCAUGUGCGGAAACAGAUUGACUCUCGUAAGCGUCUGGCCAAGACAGUGUUGGUGUUCGUGUGCCUCUUUGCUUUCUGCUGGCUUCCUACUCACAUAAUCUAUUUAUACCGGUCCUACCACUAUUCAGAGGUGGACACUUCACUGUUGCACUUCAUCACCAGCAUCUGUGCUCGAAUCCUAGCAUUUACUAGCUCUUGUGUGAACCCUUUUGCUCUGUACUUGCUUAGCAAAAGUUUCAGAAAACAGUUCAACAACCAGCUGUUCUGCUGCAGGGCCCGUCUCCUCAUAAGAUCUCAAAGCAUGGGCAGAAGCACCACUCGAAUGACCUCCCUCAAGAGCACCAACCAUUCAGUGGCUGCAUUUAGCCUCAUCAAUGGCAACCACAUCUGUCAUGAGGGAUGCGUAUAGGAUACACAGCCAGGGACACCUUGGAAAACUAUCAUGUUUAGCACAUUAGCAUCACUGUGUGCUGUGUCUUGUGGGGCUAGUGAGUAACACGCACACAUAAAAAAACUCAACAGCAUUCAAAGAACUUCAGGGUGCUUUAAGCAGCUGAGGUGUCAUUCAAAACUGGGGAGCAGUCCUGCAUAGCACAUAAUUAAGGGCCUGACACUGUGUUGAACACCUCCUGUGAUAUGCUGAACUCCUUAGUCCUACUGGUUUUACAAAGAGUUAAGUGCUUUCAGCACCUUGUAAGAUCACUGGCUCUAAGUCAGAUCUUGAGUUCCUCCAUCAGUUUGUACUUAGUCCUAACCUGGGCAGUCACACAAAAAGUGUGGUAAGGGCAGCAAGAUUUGUUCAAGUGCUUGCAUGAAACAAUGUAAUGGUAUAUUUUACCACAGUGUGUGUAUAUAUAUAUAUAUAGAGAGAGAGAGAGAGAGAGGCUCAAAUCAGUCCAUUUAAAUGAAGAAUACCCUUUUACAAAGAAGUAAAACGUAGAUCAUUUACUAGAACCAUCAAGUAUUUAUAAAUGUUAUGAGUACAGUAUUAAUUCACCAUGUAAGAAGAUUUUAAGAGUGUUGUUUACUGGGGUUGGUUGGCCCCUUCUGAAAUCAGGGGGAUCUUGUACAAUAUCAAUGUGAAAGCAGCAACAUUGGAAUAAAUGUGAGUUGGAAUAUG